AGGAGGCCCGGCACUUGACUUUCCCCGGAAGUCGGAGUUUGAUAAAUACUUGAAACAAAAAGGAACCCGUCAAAUUUCGGGAGAACUCUGCAGUAGUCCUUCGUGAGGUGCUCAUCCUCCGGCUCCGCACGGUGACACGGGAUUUUGCAGCUAAAAUAAAAACGUAUACAAAAAUGUUCCUGCUUAUCCCGGGCCUGGUGCUUCUCUGGCUUGUCUAUCGUUGGUACAAGGAGAGGGAACGAGUGACCAACAAAAGAGAUAAAUACGUCUACAUCACUGGCUGUGAUACUGGCUUUGGUAAUCUGUUAGCGAAGCACUUGGACAAGCUGGGCUUCUCCGUGAUUGCAGGCUGCUAUACCGAGAAAGGUGAAGACGAGCUGAAGAAGAGCGCCUCUGACAGACUGACGACCCUUCACCUCAACGUCACUGACUCUGAAAGUGUCGCCAAAGCAGCCGCUUUCAUCAAGGAUCUGGUUGGGCAGAAGUACCUGUGGGCUGUAGUGAACAACGCUGGAGUCGGUCUCCCAUCUGGCCCCAAUGACUGGCUCACCAUAGAUGAUUUCAAGUUCAUGAUAGACGUCAACCUUAUCGGUGUAAUCGAUGUAACACUGAGCGUCCUUCCUCUCAUCAAGAAGACCAGAGGCAGAGUGGUGAACAUGGCCAGCGUGUUUGGGAGAAUCAGCGCGUUUGGCGGGCCGUACUGCGUGUCGAAGUUUGGAGUGGAGGCCUUCACUGACAGUCUGCGUUUAAAUAUGGCUCAUUUUGGAGUCAAAGUGUCCUGCCUUGAGCCUGGCUUCUUCAAAACGGGUUUGACGGAUGUGACAAUUCUGCAGAACGGCUUUACUAAACUUUGGGAGAGGUUACCUCAGGAUGUGAGGGAUGACUAUGGAAGUACUUUCUUUGAGGAUUCUCUUGUUUUGUGUGAAGGGAGACUUAAACAGCUGGCAGACGGGAACUUGAUGAAGGUGGUCAACUGUAUGGAGCACGCAGUCUCUGCCGUUCAUCCUCGGGCUCGUUACACCGUGGGAUGGGAUGCAAAGUUCGUCUGGCUGCCUCUGUCCUACAUGCCAACCUGGUUCACUGACAAGUUUUUCCACAGCACUAAUCACAAACCAAAAGUAUCUGUACUGUAGGUUCCUUAGAGUUUGGGUCAAACAUGAUGAGUAUCACUCCAACAAAAAUGAGUGCUUAAACUGACCACCUCAUCUCAUGCCUAAAUCAUUAAAUAAGCCUCAUCCUCUAGAUUGUUAAACUUGUUUUUUUCUCCUGCCAUAUUGAUUAUAGCCUUUAUGUCUUUAGUCACGUGGUAUAGAUCUGAACACCGCCUUCAAAGCUUCUGUUCUGAAUGGACUUUGGCUGCUCUUUUUCUGUUACUUGUUAAUUUCCUCUUAAUAAACUCAGAAGACUGGA